CCCACACCCCCACCCAACAUUCGCUAGUGCACCUCCCCGCUUACCGUCGGUGUUUUCCUCCGUUUUCCCACAGAAGUCGGUGUCUUUACCCGAAACGAAGUGUUUACGUGGUGGUCCGUUUUAGUUAUUUAGUGCAUCUCGACCUCGAUUUCUAACAGCAAAAUGUGCAACAAUUGUUUGUGCAAAAACGCACUAAUAUUAUGUUGAGUUACGGUGUGAAAAGAAACUUAAACACUUUAGUCGCCGAGAGUCAACGGAACCGUUUCUGGUAAUCAAUGUCCGGUCCGGGUAGUGGUCGGAAUAUGAACGAAAAACAGUGCUUCUGUUAAAACAAACGCAAAUAAAGCAAAAGUAUCCCUCGAAUGCAUCAUAGUAGCCUGGACGAUGAUGCUGCGGCGAGGCCUAACCUGACCUGAAAAGCGGCGUUGCCUAGCACCAGCCUAGAGUGUCGUGUCCGAGUGAGUGCUAUCCGUGGCGCCACCAUGCUGUUCGAGGCGGUCCAGUGUGGCGACCUGGAACGGGUACGCUACCUGUUGGACGGUGGGGCGGACAUUAAUGCGCGCGAUGACAAGUUCUUCAAUACGGCUCUGCACCGGGCCGUGUUUGCGCGCCAGCACCGGCCCGAGCUGAUCGAGCUGCUGGUGGCCCGCGGUGCCGAUUGCAACGCGCUCAACAAGAAACGGUUGACCGCGUCCGAGCUGGCGCUCGAGAACCACCUCGAGGAGGUGGCCAAGCAGCUGAUCCGCUGCGAAACCGAGCACCUGGACGACCAUCUGGCCUACUAUCUGCUGAUACGGCGCGGCAAUCUGCAGCUGUUCGAGUAUCUGAUCUCGCUCAAGCGGCUCCGGUACGAGGACGAGAUACUGAUCAUCGCCAAGGCGUACGGUGAGCUGCGGCUGAAGAACGUACCGCUCAAGGAACCGAUGGAAUCGUAUCUGAACGAGAUCCUCAUCAACCACGACUACUGGCUGCGUAAUGAGGGUGGCACUGCUGGUAGUCGACUGGCCACCGUCCGUCGCCGGCAGAUACGCCGACCGGAGAACGUGCGCCGGCUACAGGCGAUCGUCGAGUGUGUGCGGGAACUGUGCGGCGGGUACGAUAGCCACAAUCUGAUGGACGUCGAUAGUCUGUUCCUGCUGCGGCUGUCCCACAUCCUGGAGAAUCUGCUCUUCGUGCGCAACCACUACAAGCAGCUACCACUGCACCACGUGGAGUUUUGUAUUGGCAUAUUUCUUCACAUCUGGAAGAAUGCACCUCGGUACGAUGUCUACAAAAUGCUGGUAGACAAACGGAAGUUGCUGCUGUACCUCGGUGCCGUGUCCAGCGAGCUGCAGAAAAUCAUUGGACUGCCGGGCAACGUGAGCUGCUGUGUAGAGCACCCCAGUCCUAGCCCAGUGCCUCCCUCGAUCGAUGCACCAAUCGUCGACACAUCGAGGACACACGAGGCCAGUUGCAAGCCCCACCCAAAGUUCCGGUGGACAGUGGAACGCAAUAAGGAACUAAUGUUCUGUCAUUACGUCGUAAGCGGUAGCAGCACCUGCACCGAGAACUAUCGUGCUCGAUUACACGAACUUUGGACUGAGCGUCAACGUGCGGCCGGUUGCUGCACGGAUGCGGCACUCGAGCUUUCCGAACAGAAUCUCCUCACACAGCAGCGCAAGAUUGUACGCGAGCAACUCCUUCCCGAGGAGGUCCGGCGAAAGGUGGAAACGGAAGCGAUCAGCUACCGGUACUAUCUGCGUGCCGAUCACCCAAAGAUAUCGGACAAGAACCGGAAACUGUUUCGCAAGAUGGCAAAAAGUUACAGACGAAUGCGCGAACUGCACAUCAUCAAUCGAGCGCUCGGCUACAUCGACUCGGUGAUCGAUUUCGACUGGAGCACCGACCGGGAGAUCAAAACGAUCGCCAUGAAACGGGUGGUGCAGGUGAUCUGCGAAACGUUACGCAACACGCAAGAAACACCGAUCAUCGCGAAGCAUCUCGAGAGCUUCAUCAAUGUGCUGACACCGCAACGCAUACUGGCGAAUGCAAGAAUCCGGGACUAUCUGUCCCAUUAUCGGCGUGGCGGUGACCUUUCGGUGUUGCUUGCUGCUGCCGCUGAAACCGAGUCACAUUCUGAGGUACUCCAUCUGAGCGAAGAUCUACUCGAUUACGAAGAACUCCAUCGGAAUCUGCGCUUGAUGCGCAAUCUGUUCCGUUACGUGCAGAACCUGCAGCACGUGCUGGCGAUCAAAACGCUCAUCAAUCGGCUGUACGAUUGCAAAAGCUUGGAGGAGAUAAAAUCCUACUACGCGUACCUCUUCCGCCACGACUCGACCGAUUGCCAGCGAAGCCUGGACGUGGCUCCGUUUGCGCUGCUCGAGAUAAACGGCCUCCUCGAAGCGAUCGGUGAGGAGUACCGGUGUAGUGGGCAUCCGGUGAGUGAACGAAUCGAACGGAUGCGUGCCAAGGUGCUGAAAGAGAUCGACGGCUACAAGGUGCUACACCAGCAGUUCAGCAACACGCUACUGAUGGUGGACUGUUUGAUCUCGAAAAUCAAAUCCAACCAUAGCUACGACAAAAUCCGACACACCUUCCAAUCUCACCUGCGAGUGUUGCAGCACAACGGGACCAUCGAUCGGCACCUACUGGUUCAGCUACGGACCGGCCUGCUGUCCUACUUCUACGACGAACUUCCCGAGCUGCGGCGCCAGGGUAAGCUGGAGCUGCGGUUAGCUCUUCUGAUCGCACGACUCCUCUACGUCAUCGAUCGCAAACUAGCUCGCUGUCCACAGCAAACAACCGGGCCACGGUUACAGAUACACCUUAGUAGCAGUGGGAAUGCGCUACUGAAACGCCUUGAGGAUUCCACUGGCCAACAACUAACGUUCCUAGGAAGUGAUCCGUUGUUUUGCAAGAUACGCAGCAAUCCGGAUAAACGGUACGAGCUGCUCCGUCAGCUGCUGCGACGCCAUCGAAUACUGCAUCCACCCAACCUGCUGGCCGAACUGCGACGUGAGGAGGAGCGCGAAACAGAAGAGAAAGUCGCCCAAUUGCAGAAACUGUUCCUGGACCAGAACAUGAACAUGAAAACGUUCGACCGGACGGACGAGAUUGCGUUCGAGAUGCUGAUGCUCGAAGCAACGACGGCACUCUCUGAUCGAUUGGCCGACAAUCGGGAAAGCCUCUGCAACUACGUUCCCGUCCUGACGGGGCGCAAUCUGCGCAACUACCUCGCACACGGCCACGUCACGUACGAAGUGUUGAUACCGAACAUGGGCUUCAAGACGAUCCUGCUGAACGCCCUCAGCGUGAUCAAACUGUCGAAGAACAUCAUCUCCGAGAUCUACGAUCGGCACAGUUGGAGCUUCGGUGAGCGCGUGGCACUGCUCAAGCACCAGCACGGUGUCCUGGACGGUCUUCGGUACCAGAACUGCAGCGAAAUACGGGAAACGAUCCGCAAGGAAGCUUAUCUGCUGGGCAGCAAUCACCUGAGCCACGGUAUAGUGGACCACCUGAUACAGAGCCAGAGCUGCAUGUUACUGGGCCAUUUGCUCGACUUUGGAAAGGUGGACGAGUUCCUGAAACCGCUUUCCCAUCUGAUGGAGCGCGUCAGUGCCAUCGCGUGUGCUCGGCCCCUGCAUGACAUACUGGCCGAUGUGCGAGCCCGCACCGAGUUUUGCUACAACCUAGCGGUGCUAAGCAACGACGAGGAUAUCCUGUCGAAGAUCGUGGCGGAUUUUGGGUACGAUCAGAUCGACGCCAUACCGAUGGUGUUCAACUUUGACCGCCUAUUCGCCAGCUUUCUCGAGACGCAUCCGGAUUACGACGUAAAUGCGGACAGCAAUAGCGAAAUCCUGCACUACGCGGUGCUGUCGGGAAAUGUGGAACUCUUGAACCUGCUGCUCGAUCAGUGUAACGAUUUGAACCUGCGAGACGUGUACGGAUUGACACCGCUCGAUGUGGCCUGCAAGCUGGCGAACGUAGAGAUGAUCAAAGCCCUCACGAACGCCGGCGCCAAGUGGUACACCAACGGUGAGCACGGUUGCAGCCAGUACGCCUGGAUCUUCCUCAACAACGAUCAGGAAGCGAUCGUGUUUCUCAAGAACAACGAUCUGCUGAGCGCCAAGAUUGCCAGCGCUUGCAUGGAACUGUUCCUCCAGUACUGUGACGAUGCGAACGAGGAAAUCGUCGAGUUUAUGCUGGGAAAUAACGCGUCCGAGUAUGGUCAACUGUACGCCAAAGCGGCCGCCUACCGCCGUCUGCACGUGCUCCAGUUUAUGAUCGAAACGGAUCGCAAACUGAAGACCAACAUCAACCGGAAAGAUGUCACCAGUGGCCGAGGAUUAACGGCGCUGCAAAUAGCGGCCCGGCAAGGGUACAGAGAGGUGGUCGAGCUACUGGUGCGCCACGGAGCGAACGUACACGCCAAGGAUGCCGGCGGUAAUAGUGUGCUACACUACGCCGUUGAGUCGAGGAGUACCGGGAUCGUUCGGUUGCUCCUCCAACACGGAGCACAAGUUGCGGUACGCAAUUCACACGACAAAACCCCACUAGAAGUGGCCAUCGAGUGUGGACAUCGGCGAAUCACCCGAAUGUUACUUCGCAGCGGGCAACCACUGGAGAGGAUAAGCCUUCCGGAGGACCUGCAGCACCAACGGUUAGUGGAUGAUCUGCUCCGCGUGGUGAACCGAUUCGAGUUUGGUCUGUCCCCGGUGGCCGAUGGCUCUGUUGAUAGCUUUACUCCACUGCAUCAUGCCCGCGAUGAGCGGACGAUAGCACGGUUACAGCGUUGCUACGGAAUUGAUGUGACGAGCACGUGCUUCCGGACGACUCCACUGCAUCUGGCGUGCUUGUGCAAUGAUUUGACCCGGGUUCAGUUGCUGCUGAAGUACGGUGCGAAUCCUCGGUUAGCUAACAGUGAAAGUGUGACACCGUUACUGCUGGCCGUGAGCAAUCGUAAUGUGGCCAUCGUUCGGACGUUACUCAAACACAUCGGAACACUCCCUGUUCAUGCUGCC